ACUGCGAGUAUCAGCAACCUUGACAACCUGUGUUCCACAACUGUGACCACAUCAAACCAACAGACACAAUCUACUUGGCCCUCGUCGACAGCUUAUACACCCACGUCCGCAAUGACUAGUAUAGCCGACCUUGAACCUAGCAGCACUGAUCCAACGGCAGUCGUCGAAACGUCGUCCGAGUCAACACCUCCGCUGCCAAAUGUCGUCACUUCCGUGAAGCUGGAACUAACAUCACUACCGACGGCAACCGAGAAAACAGGAACGAUAUCAGCGACAUGUUCAACAUGUUCCUGCAUUAAACCCACCCCGGUAGACCAGAACAAGUUGGAGGAAAGUCUCAGUAAGCUUAAAGAACAGCUACUUAUCAACCCUAAGAAGCUGUCUUCAUAUAAGCGAGCUUUGACGAGUGCCCCUGGCGACCGACAAUCUUCAGCUAACAUUGGCUAUAUUGGCAUCCUCGUCCUAUGUUUGGUUCCUGGGAUCAUCAUUCUGUUAGAUAUGGGCAGGCUUAUCAGGGAGUUCAAACAAUUCAUAAUACGCCUCAGAAACUCUCAACGCACAACUGCAAAAAUUACUCCAAUCGAACGCACCUGAACACGCUUGACAAUUACAAAUGUCCAUGUGAUUAUGUCAUCUUUCUCUCUCACAGACUCCGAAGCAUUUGGCGUUUUCUGUGCAACGCGUUCUUGGUCAAUCAGCUUCCUCAAAAUCCAGACUCUUUAAUUUAAACGGAGGUAUCUUGUAAUGUAAUGUUCACUGCAUACAUAUUCAGCCGUCUUUUCCAUGUCAGAUUCCAUUUUCAUCUCUCAAUAUAUAUCGUAUUUAUAUAUUUGUUUAUGUUUGUGUUAAAUCAAUCUUCUAUUUUAACUCAUUCCAUUCUCGGCUUUUCACAAUUUGCUGUUGGGCACACAACGUCUUGUCUCAGAACUAUAAGAUAUCUUACCGUCAUUUUUCUUAACGAUUGUAUAUCAAAUUUUAUAUUUUCUAUAUUAUUUCAAAUAUGAUUUUUGUUUAAGUUUCAUUUUUUUCUUUUUUCCUUCGUGUAUUGUUCCCUUAGCUUAUGUUUUUCAAUCUCUUUUCCAGAAGAGUUUACUAAGGGGUAUAAACAAAAUACGCAAUGGAUAAUAAUUUGUGCAUGGCUAAUGAAUAUAAAAGGAAUAAGAAAUGUACAAAAGACUUUUUGACUAUUUUGACUGAAAUUUGGAAAAAUAUUCUGCAGAUCAAAUAUACAAAAAAAAAAAAUCUACUGUCGAUUUCAUAAAGAGGCUUAAUACAAAUAUUUUAGACGUUAAGAAAUUUUACACAAUUGCUAUAUCCUGCAGACCUCAAUUAUACAAAUUAUUUGAUAUUUUAUUCAAGCUGUCGAAUUUCUAUAACUACACAGCACCUACAUGCAACCUUCUUCAUAACUGGUUUCUAGCAUUACUUGCGAGGUUUAACACGUUCCCUAUAAGUUAAUUUAUAGAAAAUGAAAGAAGGAAAAAACAUAAAUUGACAAAAAAAAAAAAAAUGUUUCAUCGUCUCACUCCUGAUUAUCUUUCCAAGCUUGUACCUCCUAGCAUAUCUGAAAUGCACAGCACUAGGCAUGGUAACGAUCUUACAGGUAUCAGAUGCACUACUGAGUUUUAUCGUAAGUCUUUCCUACCCUCAGUUAUUUCUCUUUGGAAUAAUAAUCCUGAGGAGAUUCGUUUUAAUCCUUCGUUGCCCAAUUUUGUAGAAGACAGUUCCCAUUUUUUGUUAUAUUGUAAUAAUCACAUUGAAUCACGUCAAAGAUACUUGACUCCAUUGCCUUACCAAUUAAGUGUUGAUUUAUUACUGUUUGGUGAUGUAUCAGAAACAUAUGAUCAAAAUGUAAACAGUUUUAUAGCUACUCAAAAUUUUAUCAAAUCAACCAGAAGAUUUACAACCAAUUAUUAUUCAACCACAUAUCAUGUAUACUUAACUACACAUCCAACCGGAUAAAACUCCAUCAGUUACUAUCUGUAUCCCUAAUAUCAUGUUCUAUCUGUACAUGUUUAUUGAUAUGAAUAAAAUAUGGUUAAAAAAAAGUUAAUUUGACGGAAAAACUACCCUAGUUAUUGCGAAAACACUUAACCUGUGACGGGAUAGCAGUGGAUAUAUGCCUGAAGCUACUUAUUCUGCCAAAGGUAAUUACUGAAUAAAAUACACAGAAAUAGAAAAGUUUCAGGUAACUGAAUUAAGACCUUAUACUUGAAGUAACUUUGUACUGCAUUUAAUGACUUUCAACAAAAGUUGUGAUAAUUGCAUAGUAAAAAUAAUAAUAUACAGCAUUUGAUAUAGCGCCCUAUCUAGCUAAAAUGUAGCAUAAGCCACUAUACAGCGCUUUACAGUACAUAUAUAUAUACAAUUAAUACGAUUAACAUAUACAUUAAUCAAUACAAUUUGAGGAAUUUUCAGGAUCUGCCUAGUCAUAUGUCACCUGGCUAAUAUCUCCCUUUGAGUGUAUGCCUAUGUGUGUGCUGAAGAUGUAAUUUUUUCAAUCAAUUCUUAUAAAUUAAAACAUUAUUGAAGCUGUCAGUUAAGAAAAAACGUUUAAUUACAAAGUAAACAGGCAUUAAAGCAAAUAUAACGAUGUCUUUUCAGGAGAAAGUCUCCAUAUAAACCAGCGUUUGUGUGUUGAAACAUAAAAAGCCAAUAAAAAUAAACUUGCCUUCUCUGAGAUGAUUAACACAAAGCAUAAUCCAACAAGAAAAUAAACAUGUUCUUAGCUAGAACAAAAUAGAUCGGGGCUGAGCUAGUAUACAGACCAGUGAGGGUCGGGGCUUAGCUAGUAUACAGACCAGCGGUGGUCGGGGCUGAGCUAGUACACAGACCAGUGGGGGUCGGGGCUUAGCUAGUAUACAGAUCAACGGGAGUCGGGGCUUAGUUAGUAUACAGACCAGUGGGGUCGGGGCUAAGCUAGUAUACAAACCACUGUUGAUCAACAUAUUAUGCAAGUCCAUUGUCUGUAACACAUGAUCAUCAACAAAACACAGCUGCAUUUAAUGUGUUGUAAUACUUAUGUAAAUAUCGCUCAAAUAUAAAUGAUCACCACUGAUUAUAUGUAAUAAACAAAACAAUACAAUACAUAUUGUAAAUAUCCACUUAUGUACAAGUAUAUGUAUAUGUAACACACAUAGGUUUAAGCUUAAAUUCGGCUGUGUAGUUCAAUGUUUUGUUUUAAUAUGAUACAUAUAAACAGUGUGCACAUUCGUUUUUGUUAUUAACCUACAUUUUGUAUUUCAUUCUUGUAUUGCAUGAGACAGUGGGUCUAUUUCAUGUUUUUAUCAUGAUAAUUGUAUUGUUUUGUUUCAGUUUUGUUAUUAACGCAUGAGACAGUGUGUCUAUUCCAUUUUUUAAUUAUAACACAAAUAGUGUUUCAUUCUUUUACGAGAGUCCUUUCUUCCCUUUUGGUUCUAAGAUGAAUACACUGCAUAUUAUACUUCAUUCUUUUUAUUCAUAAGACUGUGUCUAUUCCAUUUUUUAAUCAUAACACAAAUAAUGUUUCAUUAUUUUACGAGAGUCCUUUCUUCCCUUUUGGUUCUAUGAUAAAUAUACUGCAUAUUAUACUUCAUUUUUGUUAUUCAUAUGGCAGUGUGCCUAUUCCAUUUUGUGU